GUUCAACCCCACAGCAACUAUUUGCACAUUAAUAGGUAGUUAGAACAAAUUUACCCCGCGAUGACAUCAACCCAAGUGUUGGAACGAUGUAUCUUUUGCAAGAUCGCCACCGGUAAAGAUCCGAGCACUUCGAUAGUGUACGAAAAUGAACGGAUUUGCAUUUUCAAAGACAUCCGUCCGGCAGCGGACCACCAUCUGCUGGCCAUACCCAAGUACCAUGUGGAUGACACCCGGUCGUUGACGGCUGCCGAGCGACCUCUCUUGGAGGAAAUGCGAGUUGAGUUGGGAAAUGUUCUGACCGGCCAGUACCAGAUCGAUCUGUCCCAGGCAAUCUUCGGCUUCCACAUUCCACCGUUCACGACGGUCAAGCACCUGCAUAUGCACGGUAUCGCUCCGGUUGGCAGUAUGGGAUUCAUUUCGAGAAUGAUCUUCAAGCCCAAUACGAUGUGGUUCAAUACGACUGAAGCAGUUAUGGAUCGAAUUCCAUCGGUUUCGCAGGACGAAACAACGGCUCAGUGAUUGUUCCGUCGGGACGCUUUGUUGUUAUUGUUGCUAUGUUAUUAGCUUGAGAAGCUUUAAUCCAGCAAUGAUAUGCUAUUAUUCAUUUGUUAUCACAUCUCCCAGGGGACAGUAGUACUAGUAGGUACGAUGGAUCUCUACGAUUCACAUAGAAAGUGGUUAUUUUUAAGACCAUCGUGAACACAUAUUUUCUUUUGUGUUGAGUAAAUGCAGAGCCUGUAGGAUUCCAUUUCAGUCUUUCCAUAAUUGGCAUACCUAAUUUGAAAAUGAGAGUGUCGGAAUUUUAAGAAGCUUUCCCUUGACCUGUUUGAAAUUAAACUUAAUACAUUUUUCAGCUACCCAUUUGCAUGUAGUUUAAAAUUUACGUUUGAUAUUUGAUAAGGGUCGAGACAGUUUCAAUCAGUUGCCACCAAUUUGUCCCAUUUUACGGUAUUGAUGAUUU